AUGGCUGCACCAGCCGUUAUGCUGGUUUUGUUCUGGGCGUUUGGACUGAGCUACGCUGCUGGUUCACCCGAAUGGUUCCAAAAUAUUUCAACCAAUCUCUUCAAUUUGUCCGGAGACAUUAUACUCGGAGGGCUCUUUCCCAUUAACUACCUCAGCAGCAACCUCACCCAGAGGAGGGAGCCUGACAACAUCAGCUGUGACAGUAUCAAUGAGUAUGGACUGGGCCUUGCUCUAGUAAUGAAAUAUGCAGUGGAUGAGAUCAACGCAAACCAAAGUCUGCUCCCUGGCUUCAAGUUGGGUUACGAAAUCCAUGACACAUGCAGACAAUCUGCCGUCAUUGUGAAUCCGGCCAUCUCUUUCCUCACUGCAAAGUCUGACAAUGUGCUAUCUGUGGAAUGUAAUUACACCAACUAUGAGACUAGCAUAUCAGCCGUGAUCGGUCCUUAUAGCUCGGAAAUGGUGUCAGUCAUAGGAAAACUCAUGGGAUUCUUUCUGAUGCCACAGAUUAGCUAUGGCGCCACGAGUGACAAAUUCAGUGACAAGCGUCUCUACCCGUCAUUCUUCCGUACGGUGCCCAGUGACAAAUGGCAGGUGGAAGCCAUAGUGCAACUGCUGAAGGAAUUAGAUUGGAACUGGGUGGCGGUGGUGGGCAGUGAAGAGGAGUACGGACAACAGGGUGUGCAGGAAUUCUCCAAAAUAGCCUCAAAUAACUCAGUCUGCGUGGCCUAUCAGGGGCUGAUCCCCAUAUACACUGACCCUGCUCCAGCGAUCAACACCAUCAUCACAAAUAUAAUAGAUACCAAAGUUGGAGUGGUAGUGGUCUUUUCUCUCGUAGAUCCAGCUACGGACUUUUUUAAAGAGAUUAUCAAGAGGAAUGUCACAGGUGUGUGGAUUGGCAGCACAAGUUGGUCCAUCCAUACUCAAAUGACUUCUAUCCCCGAUAUCCACAAAGUCGGUACAAUCAUUGGAUUUAGUGACCGAACGCGGCCCCUGGAUUUGCUCCCUGCAUACACAGAGGAGCUCUUCAAUAAACUGAGUGAGGACAGGUCACCACCACCAGAUCCUCUCAAUCCCUGCCCACAAUGCUGGAGCCUCUCAUCUGACAAUAUCACCUUGGUGACACAGCCUGUGCUGAAGCGCACAGCUUUCAGUGUGUAUGCUGCCAUCUACAGUGUGGCACAGGCACUGCACAACCUGCUGGGAUGCGGUGCAACUACCUGUGAGCAAGCGACUGACACCAAAAUCUAUCCCUGGAAGCUGUUGGAGACCUUAAGGAAUACGUCUGUAGAUGUGAACGGCACACACUUAGAAUUUGACAGUGAAGGCAACCCAAACAUAGGAUACAAUUUACUUCAGUGGAACAGGACAGACUCCGGAAAAAUAGACUUCAUUGACAUUGGACACUUUGAAAAAAAACUGAACUUCAGCAAGCGCUUGAUCAGAUGGCACACUAAAGACUCAAAGAUUCCUGAGUCCAAAUGUUCAUCAAACUGUGAUCCAGGACAGGUCCGCAGAGUCAAAGGCUUCCAUUCCUGCUGUUUUGAUUGUAUUGAUUGUAUGGCCGGCACUUUCCAGGAGAAUGAAGAGGAUAUUCUGUGCAAAGACUGCCCCGAGGGUACAUGGUCUGAAAAACGCCAAACCAAUUGCACUAAACCCACCUUCAUUGUUCUGUCCUGGGACAAACCUGAAGCUCUGGCAAUGACACUGGCUGUGGUGCUGGUGGUGGUAUGUCAGGGGUCGGUGGGUGUUGUGUUCCUAAAACACAGGGGAACCUUUUUGGUAAAGGCCUCGGGGGGAGUACUGAGUUUUGUAGCUCUUCUCAGUCUGAUGGGAGCUUGCCUCAGUCUGCUGCUCUUCCUGGGGCAGCCAGGGGACGUGGUGUGUCGUCUUCAGCUGCCCCUCACCUCCAUUUUCCAAACAGUGGCCCUGUCCAUCAUUGCAUUCAUCUCACUACAGAUAUUCUACGUAUCGGAGUUCCCAAAGAUGGCCGCUUCUCACCUGCAUGUGCUAAGAGGCCCUGGAAUCUGGCUGUUUGUGCUGGUCUGCUGUGUUGUGCAGGCUGGUAUCUGUGGCUGGUUUGUUGGGGAAGGGCUUUCGCUGUCUACUUACAUGGCAAACAUGAAAAUAGACUUUGUGACCAAAUUUCUUGCAUGCCCAGUGGAACCCUUGACUGGACUUGCCCUAAUGGAAGGUUUCAUCAGUGCGCUGGCCCUGAUAUCGUUCAUGUGCACUUUCAUGGCAAUAAAGCCUCUUCAUCAGUACAACCUUGCAAGGGACAUCACUUUCGCCUCCCUGAUCUACUGUGUGAUCUGGGUGACCUUCAUUCCAAUUUACAUUGGCCAGAAUCAGGUCAAAUUUAAGUCUAUUGUCCAUGUUUCGUUCACCCUGGCAAGCAACUUUGGACUGGUGGCAGCCUACUACUUCCCAAAAUGCUACCUGCUGUUAAGAAAACCUGAGCUCAAUACGGCCGAGCACUUCUGUACCUUCCUUGAGGGCGUUCCACCAACACCAACUGAGGAGGAACCACAGUCACAGACAGAAUCAGAGCAAUCAUCAAAAGUCAUGUAAAAUUUUUAUUUGCUUUGUAUUUGAACAAAUAUUUUGUGAAUGAACUAGUUAAGGUCUAGUAUGAAACCUACUGUAUAGCUAUAAGUUGACCCAUAAUGUAAUAUGAAUCUGUAAUCAUGAAAAACAAAAGCUCAUAUACACUCUAUAGAAA